AUGGCUACACAAAGGAUGAUUCCAUCUAUGGUGGUUGACAUGCUUUUACAAAACAACAUCAGUGAUGUCAAGCUUUACAGUUCCAGUGAUAAUGUCAUGGCACCAUUUGGAGGAACCAACAUUAAACUCUCAAUAACAUUGACUAAUCAGGAACUCCAAUACGUGAAAAACGAUGAAGAUGCCAAAAAGUGGAUAAAUGAAAAUAUCAAAAUAUAUAUGGACAAGAAUGUCAUUUUCAGGUAUGUAAUGGUGGGUACACAACCAUUAUCAACUAAAUUCAGUUUGGAGUCAAAAAAAUACAUUAACUCUGUUGAUGUACAUGAAAGGAUUCAAAGAAAACUGGAUGAAACCUACCCCCAAGUUAAAGCAAUAAUGUCUCAUUACGUUGACAUUCUUCAGGAGGAUUUCACAAAACCAUCAGAAGCAGAAUUCAAGCCUGAAUUAAAAGAUCUACUGACUAAGUCCUGUAGAAUCAUCAGAGCCAGUAAAUCUUCAUUCUGGAUAGAUUAUUUCCCGAUUCUCGUUCUCAAGGAACGUUACAACAACGAUACCGAAUUUGGGUUCUUCGACAACAACUCAACAACCAAGUUCACAGACGGGGAUCUUACAUACUCCAAUGCCUUUGAAGCAAUGUAUGAUUCGGUGGUUUGGGCGCUGGAAAAGCUAGGAUUCCCCGAUAUCCCGGUGUCUCUCGGCUCAGUCGGGUGGCCAACCGAUGGACACCCCGGCGCCAGCACAGAAAACGCGGAGAGAUUUCUCCAGGGAUUGAUCAAAUUCGCCAAGACCAAUAAAGGAACUCCCAAACGCCCUGGAAUCAGUAUUGAUGCAUAUAUACACAAUUUAGCUGAUGAAAAUGCAUUGACCAUAACCAUUGGUGAAUUCACAAGGCAUUGGGGCAUUUACCACUUUGAUGGGAAACCAAAACUGCAUCUUGAUUUUGAAGGGAAAGAACGGAAGAUUUACCCUGUUUCCGGCCUCGGAAUCACUCAUAUGCCCCGGCGUUGGUGCGUAUUCGACGACAGGAUUAAAGAUGUUACUCCUGCAGAUCUGGAUCCAUACUAUAAGAAGGCAUGUAGCGUUGCAGAUUGUACUGCAGCAGCGCCUGGAGGAUCCUGCGGCAACCUACCAUUUCCGGCGAAUUAUUCGUAUGGGUUCAACAUGGGUUUUCAGGGCAGGAGACAAAAGGUGCAAGGGAAUAAUUCGUGUGAUUAUGGAGGAUAUGGUGUGAUCGUAACCGAAGAGCCUACGUAUAAAAACUGCGUCUUUCCUGUGGAGAUUAUAUCUGCUGAAACUACCAAUUUUUUGGGCCAACUGCAGCAAGCUCAAGGGUUUGGCAUUAGGCCAUCAUUGUUUACAUCUUUAGUUGCAGCUCUUCUUCAAAUUUUGUUCAUUGUAUUUUCUUUGAGGUUUACCUGUCAAUGA